UAGGGGAAUCCUCACUGAUCAAGCACGAUGACGUCUUCGUGUUGAGUGUACUGCUGAGCCAAGCGUAGCGCAAGAUCGUUGGCCUCGGAGCUGUCAGAAGAACACAUGUUGAAGCACUGUUAGGUGAAAUGAAGAUGGUAAUAACAUGUUCGACCCAAUGAGGUGUGGAGGGCACAUGGCAUAAAUAAUGCCAGGUGUUUGAAAAAAGGGCUCUGCGUGUCUGUUCCUGGAUCAGCGCGACCAUUAUGGUGACACUUAUCACGGAGCAGCUCCGAACGCAAAGUUUGGAAGAACCUUAUCACAAGGCUUUCAAUGUGAAUGUGACCCUCCCUGCAUUAGGCUCCAGCCCCACUAUCUCCUGGACUGCACGCAAGCCGACACAAGAAAGCAGCUUUGCCACACAGCCAUCAUUCAAAGCCCAACCUGCAACCUGUGGACUGGAUACCACGUGGCCUCACCAAGUGGCAAAAGCUCACCAUGAACCUGAGGUUUCCAUUACAGCUGACUGUUUCCAGUGCUCCCCACCACCACCCCCUCCAAAGCGUCACUGUCGCUCCCUCUCUGUUCCGGAGGACCUGUCUCAGUGCCGCUCCACGUGGCAUCCUUGUGCAUCCAAAGUUUGGACACCAGUAAAACGUGCUACCCAAAGUGCAGGAACUUCUCAUUUAAGCUCGGUUGCCAGCUCAUUUCCUCUUUGCGGCCCCAGAACUUUCUAUAAAUCAUCCUCUCUGCAUUCUUCCACGAGCCCUACUUUCUUUAGCUUAGCAUUAUCCGCUGACUCUCCGCUGUCGUGGAACUUUCCGUGGGACCCAUGUGACUCCCCCAAAACAGCUUGCUCUUCGUCAUUCGCCACCCCAUCGUCUUGCUCCUCGUCACCGACGCCCCUUGUGUGUCACGCUGCGCUACACCGCCGGUACUCCCUGUCACCUUUGCAAGUUCUGAACACGUCAGUGUUGUCCCAGUGCCCCCAGCUGGCCCACAACUCUGCUCUGCCAUAUGGCUGCUCCGGUAUGGAUUGCUCAGCUUUGUCACCAUCCCCUACUUCAGCCUGCAGUACACCAUCCUCCUCUCGACGCGACCUGCAUCGAGCAGUACCGCGAUGCCGCUCACAGCCGUGCGACAUGCGCAAACCUGGCUUGAAGAGGCCCCACGACCCGGAUGUGCUACCUGGCCCGAGGCCGGGCCUCGACUUUAGCAAGAUGACACAGAUUGGAAAUGGUGAGGCCCAAGUUUCAUGUUCAAAUGCUUGCACGACCGUGGCACACUCCCAAAUGGACCAGAAUACUGCUCCGUCGCCUGUGGAGUUCUUGCGUAGAGCCAGCAUCAGACCACUGAGUGAAAGUGAAGAGGAGGAUGAAGACGAUACAAUUAAAAGAACUGUGACGCCUGAGGCCAAUUUGCUUUUUGAACGAGACUGCACAGAAUUGGAUUUGAACCUCAUAGAAGAAAACUGAUGAUAGAUGGAAAUCGCUGCUUCCUGUGGUCACAGCUUCCUUUACUAUGUUCAGCACACUUGUACAUGCUCGCUGCCUCUGGCUUAUGACUAUAUUCACAAUCGAAGCAGUUUGAAGCUAUAAACAAACCACUCUCGAGCUAGGUACUGUUAAAAAAAAAAAAAAAAAAGUCAUGUCAUAGUGCCUCCCUUUUCAGCACUCAGUGAAAUUGACAAAUCUUUGUGCAGGCAGACUCUUGUCUGUAUGGCUUUCUGCUGGUAAAUGAUUUAUUUAAUUUAAAGUGAGGCUGCCAUGUGGCUGUGUAGUAGUUGUCCUGUUAUUCUUUUCUGGAGUUGAGCAGAGUAGAUUGGCUUUAGAGAGCAACACAGUUUGCCAGCCAUUCAAAUUUUAGUCUUUGGAAAAGUGACUAACAUGAAGUUAUACAGUAGGUUGCACAACAGGCGUGAUUACUCAUUCAUUGGCAGUACAAACAUUAUUGGCAGACCCCCCCCCCCCCCCCCCUCUCUCAAAAUUUUCUUUUUUUAACAUUGCCAUGUAGGUUUCGAUCAAACCAUAGUUAAAAAAAAUAUAUGUUGGAAAUGUGUUUUCAAUUCACCCUGUAAAAGUGUUUUGAAGCGUUUCCCAGUGUAUGCUCACACUGGUCAGAACAUUAGGCAUGCAACCUUCUGCUGUCCUCUUGAAAUUUGUGGGUAAAUUGAGCCUAUCUCAGAUGACUUUGGACAAGAGGCGGGGUGUUUUCUGUACUGAUCAUCAGUCAGUCUCAGGGCUCAUGGACAAACAACCAUUAAGCCAUGGACAAUCAAAAGUAUCCAAUUACCUUAACAUGCGUCUUAAGGACGCGGGGAACAGUUUUUUUUUGACUGUCCUGCACCGCACAGUCGAAUGAAAUCAGUACAAGAGCCAAAUCAGCAUUUUAUACUUUACAAAGACAAUGCUCAGUUUCAAGCAUUCUGACAGAUCAUUCUCCUUCUUUAUUGUCAUAUUGUACUGAUAUAAUUUAAUAACUGAAAGCUGACUAAGUUCAGAUAGAAGCACAGCCCAUGCUAAUCACCUUGAUUAAAAAAAAAAAAAAAAUUCUCAAAG